UUCACGUACUUACCAACAGGAUCAGACUCAUGAGAAGAAGUCCACCUGCUUAAUCAGAAUAUGGGGAUGCCAUUUAUGUUCUUACUGGCAGUUACUUUGCUCUGUCCUGUUCAAACAAAAACACUUGUAGGGAGUGAAGCAGCAAGCACAUCACAAGAUCCUACUUCAACUGCUCGUCCUUUUAAUGUUACUGAGAAUGUGAAUAAAGAUAGAUUGAUAUGUCACAUUCUCCUCACUCUCUUGAUAACAUUAGUUUCUCAAGAUGAAGAUGUGCCAGUCACAAGCAAGAACCAAACAGUGCAAAAUGAAGAGUUCAAGACCUGCGGAUCUAAUCAUUUCAACUGUGGUGAUGAACGCAAAUCAUGUGUGCCUUUAAUGUGGAGGUGUGAUGGUGAGAAGGACUGUCCGAAUAAUGCGGAUGAGGAAGGCUGUGUGGUCAAGCCCUGCAGUUCCACUGAGUUCAGCUGUGGUGAUGAACGCAAAACAUGUCUGCCUAUGAUAUGGAGGUGUGAUGGUGAGAAGGACUGUAAGAAUGGUGCGGAUGAGGAAGGCUGUGAUCUACCAUUCACAAGCAAGAACCAAACAGAAAUGCAAAAUGAAGAGUUCAAGACCUGCGGAUCUAAUCAAUUCAACUGUGGUGAUGAACGCAAAUCAUGUGUGCCUUUAAUGUGGAGGUGUGAUGGUGAGAAGGACUGUCCGAAUAAUGCAGAUGAGGAAGGCUGUGUGGUGAAGACCUCCAGUCCUACUGUGUUCAGAUGUGGUGAUAAACGCAAUACAAGUCUGCCUAUGAGAUGGAGGUGUGAUGGUGAGAAGGACUGUCCAAAUGGUGCGGAUGAGGAAGGCUGUGUCACUCAACAUGAAGAUGCGCCAGUCACAAGCAAGAACCAAACAGAAAUGCAAAAUGUAUAAAGCACGCAGGUGACACCAGUGGCAAGUGGCUCGGACACUGAGACACACAAAGACCCUCCAACCUGCAUUACCAUAAAUCAUAUACUGGAGAAACAAGACUAAACUCAUUUUAGUAAUACAAAAUACUGAAAUUAAAGUAAAGUUGGAGCUACAAAACCUUGGAAAUGAAGUGUAGAUCUCGUUGACAGUUGACCAAGAAUGAAUUCAUCAAUUAAUUGUAUAUAAUUACCAUAAACUAUUAGGAUAAAGAUAACUAUACUAGACGUAAGCUCUACCCAUUUGCUCUGCAGUCUGUCUCGGCUAUUUUGCUGGGAGACAAGCAGACAUAGCCUGUGUGUGUGACGAAAUAUCAUAUAUAGUGUUAAAAAUAAAUAAAUAACAUCACAUGAGAACAUUUCCAGUCUCUAUUUUUAUUUGCGCAUCCUCUGAUAUACCUAAGAACAAUCUGUUGUUGUUUACUGACAAUUUUUCAGGGACUGUUUUACUGGCGGAAAUAUGGCAUUUCAUGAUUAAUGACUUUAAAUAUGUUAUAUGUUUUCUAUGGUAACAACAGUUCCCAUAUUCAUAACCUAAUUCAGAUUCACAGCAUAAGAUUGCUAAGAUGUUGUGUGACUGUGAGUUUGGUAAGGGAUCCCAAACACGUGUGGCUUUUAUUUAUUUAUUUAUUGUGCAUGCUUUCUUUUUUAACACAAGGUGGUGCUGUAAGUCAAACUAAACAAGUCUGACCUCAUCAGGAAUACACUGACUGAACUGCUAAAUGUUUAGUCUUUUGAGAACAGUAGUGACACAAUUAAUGGAGGCUCAUCUUUACAGCGUUUCAUUUCCUGAUUGAAUGUUGGCUAUAUACGCCUGCCAACUUUUGAGUUAAGCUUGGAGUGAAUUUUUUUAAAAUGUUAAGAAAAAAUCAAAAAUAAAUUAAUAAUAAUAAUCACGAUGUGUAUUGUGAUUGUCAAAACAUUUGGUAAUUACAGAAUUUCAGUUUAGUGACAACGCAUUACUAGAAUGGGGAAACCCAGGCUAACACGUUACAGUGUUUGGUACAAUAACCGGUAGCCCAUAGUUUUUUAGUGCUUGACUCAAAUUUCAAGAUUUCAAUUCAUAAGCUUGUAACUCGAUUCCGAUCUUGGUUCAGUAUUGAUUCCUUUGGAUGAAUACCAGGUUCAGUAGCUAUGAUUUUUUUCUCGAAGGAAAAAAAAAAACCUCUCAACUAAUGCUGUAAACAUGCAGAGAGCUGUCAGAUGGUAUUAUUAUUAAAGGCUAAAAUUGACAACUCUAAUAUAACGCAUGUUUUAUAAUAUUUUUUUAGUGAUAUGAGAGUAAAAAAUACAUGUAUUAUAGGCUACUGCACAUAUUUGGCAAAAUAGGCUACUCCUAUCUAUACUGCGAUUUUUCUUGCUAACUAUGUAAAUGUGACAUUGUUCACAGCUGUUUGGGGCCAUUUAGAUGAGACAUUCUUCAUUUCAGCAAGUUUUACUCUUUCAACAUGUUCAUUCCUGUUUAUUUAAUAUUUUAACUAGCAGUAAAGAGGAAGAGAUGAUUGGUUCAGGGGGUGUGCCACAUUAAAGUAGCCCUGUACAGAUGUGUCCUGUGGCUCAAACGUCGUCAUUUUAUCAAAGUCUUUUAUCAGGUUAAUAUUGUUUUGACUGAUCUGUUUCCAUAUUUUUUUAAGCAAUCUUGCAAGUCUUGCUUGACGCACCUUAAUCUCACCUGAAAUAACGAACUCUCCUUAAGUCAAAUAAGUACUUGAUUGGCCUGUUCCUAUGUUUUAGUUAUUGUGAACCUAUUGGAACAUCUUCAAUGAAUGAAACAUAGUGUACACUUUAAAGACUGAGAAACAUUCCACCCAUAUGUGAUAACACUUGAAAAAUACCAGUUAGUCAAGUCAAAAAAAAAAAAAAGAAUUACUGAAAUAAAUGAACUUUUGCACAAUAAAAAAAAAAAAAAAAA